ACAAUAACAAUAACAACAACAACAACACGGUUCAGGCAGUGGGCUCCGUGCGUGACAGCGGGACUUCUAGCGGCUCCGAGUGUGACGUGACUGGGAGGGGAAGCUGGAAUCCCCCCGCUGCUCUCACUGAACUGCAAGCAUUUCUGAUCCCCCUCGCUGAUCACAGCAAGCCUUGUUCUGAGUGACCAUGAUUGGGUACCACAACGCCUCAAGUGCCCUUACCCUCCUAGUCCUCCUUACAGGGGCUUCCUUCCUCCAUCUGUCCACCCCCAACCCGAUCAUCACCCCUGGAGAUGUCGAUAGCCCACACAGAGAUACUCCUCCUGUGAAGGAAGAGGAGACACGAUCAAUACAGAAAGAAGAGGCAGAAGAAGAAGAGGAGCUCUUUAAAGAUGUGGAUCCCAAAACACUAGCAGCAGUUUUACUGGAGGCACUGAAUCGCUCACAAGUAGAGAAAAGGAGGGAGGGAGCGGAGCACGCUGGGGUGGAAGAAGAAAUGAAGGCUGAGAUGGGAGAGGUUAAAAAAGGAGAAGCUUACAGAGAAGUGAGGACAAUGAAGGGAGCAGACAGAGACAGAGAUGGACGGCAGGAGUUGGAGCUGCUGAUGGCUGCACAGGGGAAGGAGCAGGAAAGAGAGGAGGAAGAGGAGAGGAAGAAAGCUCAGGAGGAAGAGGAGAAGAUGACAGAAAAGGUGACCAGUCGUACCACAAGUCAGACAGUCCAGGUCCAAACAGAGCAGCAGUCCUCUCGUUUAGAUGUGAGAGGGGAGAAAGGGCAAGGUGCCACCUCUCAGCAGGGGCCCAACAGCCCUGAGCAAGGAAGCAAUGAGGAGGAGGAGCAGCUCAGCCCAGAGGAGCUGAAGAACCUGGAGACUAUGAUGAAGGAGUUUCCACGUUUGAACACAGCCACAAAGAGGGAGGGAGAUUCAGAGCAAAACCAGAGAGAAAGCAGAGGUUACAGCAGCUACAACGACAUCAUACCACUCAACAAAGGCAACGACCUCGCCAUGUCUAAGAAGAAACUGAAAUGGCAGGAGGAGACACAGAAAGGCCUGAACUUCCCAACAUUCAGGGGAGGAAACUUUAUGGAUGACUUUGAGGACAAUAAUUACGCUGGCAGCAAUGCUGAACAGUCCAAACCUCCGGCAGAGCAGGAAGUGAUGGAGGAUGAUGAACCAGAGGAGGAGGAGGAGGAGGAGGAAGACGAAGAGGUGUUGAGUCCUGAGGAGGAGGAAGCUCGGGCUAAAGCAGAGCAGGAGGAGAUGAGGAGGCAGGCGGCCGAGGCUCAGAGAGCCAAGAUGGAGGAGGAGAAGUUGGCCGACAUUGCCUCAGACAUGCUGCUGCGCUACAUGGUCAAACAGAACAACGGGAACAAGAAGUAUGGCUCAUCUUUAUCCAACGCCGCUGAGGACAAAAGGUCCGACGAGGAAGAGGAAGUGACGGAAGAGGAUGAUAUCGACCCCCAGACCAUCGACAAGCUGAUUGAGAUCUCCAACAAGCUCCAUCUCCCUGCUGACGACGUGGUGGAUAUCAUCAGCGAUGUGGAGAAGAAGAAGAAGAAAGACGUGCCGCCUGACAUGACGUCUCGUUGGCAGCGACCUCCACCUCCGCUGUCUUCUUCAUUCUCAUCAACCAAUGGGUUCUUAGCAUCGCAGAUUCCAACCAAUCAAAAUAGCUUCCCUGUCUCUAAGCAACCCUCACCAGCUGUCAAUCUCCUCAAAACAUGGUUACAGGAGAAAUCGCAAACCAAAUCACAGGAUCUCUGGAGCAAACCUGCCAAGCCUCUGUUAGCCAAUCAGAAUCGCUGGCCCAAACCUCAGAAGCCUCUGUCAAUUAAACAGGACUACUGGCUCAAAUCACCCAAGUCUGUUUGGACUGGCUACCCUUUGUACCCCUACACAUACCCGUCCUACUACCAGAGGAAACUGUACCCAGACUACUACCCCAUCUAUUUUCCUCCUCCCCCGAGACCCAAACCCCGUUACUUCGUCCCCAAACCAGCUCUUACCCCCAACAACUUCCUGGGAAAUUCCGUGGAUGACUCCUACUCUUUCCCUCCCAAACGUCGUUACCACAGCUGGGUCCAACCUCGGCUGAGAAACCCACCUUCAGGCCUCCAGCUGAGGCCUUACUACACCAGCUACAGGUUUCAGCCAGUACCCAUCCCCAAACCCCGUUCCCCCCCCCGAAUUUCUGCAAUCCCUCCUCAACAGAAGUUUUAUUACUCAGCCCCUGCAGCACCCGCAGUGACGAGAAACAAAGAUUAUGGGGCUGGAAAGCAACCAGAAAGCAACAACAAUGACGAUCUGGAGAAAUACAUACAGCAGAUUCUUAUGAAGAGACCGAUGUUGGACUGAAAGGCGAUUAGAAGAGAGUGAGAACAAGAGGAAAAGAUGAGACAUGAGCAGAAAAGAGCGUAUUUAUGAUUUCGUAUUGCUGGUGUUUGGUUUUGUUAAAUAUGUAACAAGUUCCUUUCUCCUAUUUUGAUUGGUUGUGAUUUGGACAAGGACAUAAAGGAGGACUUUUUUCCAGAUUUAGUCUGGAUGAAAUGGAACUUUGGUGGGAAAAUGAACAGAAGAUAUAAAUCUACACUCCUCCUCUGUGAAGGAAGGGGAAACAGGAUGAAUGUGGGCUGGUGGAAAGCAUGACACGGCAAAGAUUUGUAUCAUGCUAGAACUUUUCAUCCAAACUCCGCAUGACAACAUUCUCCAUUUGGACAUUUUACAAUGCCAACAAAGGAGGACGCUUAAAUAUGUUGUUACCUGUACCUUUAAAAAAAAAAAUCUGUUUCAGAGUCAGAGGUGGUGAUGGAUGCUGGAAAAUGUUCGAUGGCUGAUGGAAUUUUACAGUUGGUACACAAAGGGAAUAUUUGUGUAAUUAUCUCAGGCAGGAAAUCUGAAAAAUAUUUCAUCAUCUUUCUAAAAUGACCUACAUUACAUGGCCAAAAUUAUGUGAAUGACAAACAUUUCAGCCAUAUGUGAUGAAAAAAGGGAACACUGAUGUUGGGUGAUAAGGUCUGGCGCACAGUCGAUGUUUAAAUUCAUUCAAAAGGUGUUGGCAGGAAACAGCCAAACACAAACCAAGGGGCCAUGAAAAACAUCUCCAAACCACAAGGUGUCUACAUACCUCUGGCCAUAUUGUGUAUCAGCUGACAUAACUUUAAUCUCUUACAGAUGGAAUCAAAAUCAGACAUCCUGUUGGAAUGGCCAUAUGCUGAAAAACAUUCACAAUCUCAUUUUUUUUUUUUUAAUGAAUACAUUUUUAUGCAAAUGUAUCAUUUUUGUAUAGAAAUGCAGCAGAAACAUUUCAGCAGAGCAGCACCUUCUCAUCAUGUAUACUCACACAUAGCCACUGAAGCUCUUUAUCAUGAAAUAUAACGCACCAAAAAAAGCAUAUUUCAUACAAAGGGCUGUGGAAGCCACACUAACACCACUAUAAUGGCUUGGAUGACUCAUCCUUUUGCAUAACUUCAAUUACCUUGUUGCUAUGGUGCCAAACCCUGGCCAAACUCUAUAUGGCAUUCUUUGACGCCUUCAGAGGAGGAUGCAGUGGUGGAGGCAUACUGCUCUUUUACUUAACACAUGUUUUCUAAAGAAUAAGGCUGGUGUUAUUCUAUAUUUAAUUUUAGAACACCAAAUGUGUGUGUUACUUUUGGACCCCUCCUCUGGCUUUCAUUUCCAAGCCUUUUUCUUGCUACUGAGGACAUAUCUCAUGGUGUUACACUCACUUUUGUGACAAAUGAAAAAGAGAGGUUAAUGGAGAAGUUCAAACCCCGGAUACUUUCACAUCUCUACAUGCACAAUGUACAAUGGUGCCUUUGUUGGGGACUAUUUUCAGUGGAGGAUUAGUCAAGCGAUCAUAGUUUCUGGACAAUAGCGCAGCUCUAUGGAACAGAGGAAUAAGAUAUAUUGGGCUUUGAUACACACAAUACUUGUUAGUGGAUACAUUCAUGGUUGGUUGGGGUCCACAUCAAGUGGCAACCUAAAAGGCUGAAAAAUGAAGCCAAGGCCAAAGUGCCAAACCUACAGUCCCUUCAAUGGCCACUUGAGGCUGGCUCUGAAAAGCAAAUCAAUCCCCAUAGACUCCCAUUUUAAAAUGCCCAACUUUACAGCUACUUUCCCGUUCAUGACAACUGCAAGGGAGUUGAAUUUUAUUUUAACUUGCCUCUUCGCAUUUUAAUAAGGCUUAAAGUUAUGCAUCAUGAGUGACAGGCUGUCUGCUGAUAGUGUCCUCGGUUUCACAGUCAGAUCCACCCCUCACUCCUCCACGGCUAAGGGGUUAGAAUUAUCAGAGGAUCCACAAUACGAUAUUAUCACAAUACUUAUGCUUAAGAUGGCCAAAAUGCCGAUAUCAAGACUUCAGAAUGAGAGUCCACAAACCAAUGGAUGAUGUUGUGGCGGCUAUGUCCAUUAUUUUACAAUAACAACAACAGGGGGUCCUUCAUUCAUUCAUUCUUUUCUGUACCCGUUUAUCCUGAUGGAGUUUGGGGCCUAUCCCAGGUAACACUGGGCAAGAGGCGGGGUACACCCUGGACAGGUCACCAGACUAUUGUCUGUCACAACAGAGACAGACAACCAUUCAUGCUCACAUUCACACGUACCUGUCUUUGGACUGUGGGGGAAGCUGGGGUACUGGAGAGGGCCCAUGCUGACGCAGGUGGAGCAUGCGGGCUCUGCGCCCUGGGUUUGAACCAGGAACCCUCUUGCUGAGAGGCACCAAUGCUAGCCACUGCACCACCGUGCUGCCCCAUACAGAGGGCUCUAUUAAAAUGAAAAUAUAUCUAAAAAAUAUACAACAACAUGAAUCCAAGAUAUUAUUAGCAAAGAUAAUUAGCCUAUUCAUGGAAAAGAAAUUAAAUUUAUAUUACACAACAAUAAUGAUAAGCUAACUGUUACCCAUCCUUGUGUAAUCAUGCUAGCUAGCUAACACUGAAUUGCUGUGCAGCACUUAUCCACAACAGCAAGGUGAACUAGUAGCUAAAUGUAACUUCAUUAUUAUUCCAAAUGUACAAACAUUCUUGUGCACCACAAUUGAUAAUUUUUUAAAGUUUCAAGCAAGAGACUCUGACAUACGUCCACCUCAGAAACCUCCAGCAAAAGUGUAGAGGGGGACGCUAAUGCACCUAGCCAUGCUACAACUGCUACUAACUUGGCAGCUACAAGCAGGUGCGAACAAAAGAAGACCGGAAAAUAUUAAGAGAUUUAUCUCAAGUGCAACUCAGCUUUAUACAAUAUAUGUAGCAGGGGGUCCCUGCUCCGUCUCUCUUUGAGCUAAGGGGUCCUUGGCCUGAAGAACAUUGUAGACCCCUGGUCUAUGCUCUGCACACGAGAUUUGUGUAUUUGUGAUGUAGUUAAUCACCAGCCUUAUUCUUUAAAGAUACUCUCCAUGGUUUGUUACAGCACCCCAAAGUGCCCCCAAAGUUACCUUUAGCUCAAUAAAGACCAUUUAGUGUGAUUUUAGCAUUCAAAAUUUAUUUUUCAUUGAUCAUUUUCAACUGAGAAUCCAUUCUGAUUUUUUUUUUUAUCUAAAUGUUGCACAACAUUCAGUCAUACAUUUUAUACAUUUGUAGGUGGGAAGUGGUUUCCAAACUCUGAGCUGAAAUCGGUUGCCUUACAUGUCACUGUGACAUCCCUGACAUUACUUUGUUUUUUUCUUUUGUACCAUUUGAUGUUUACCAUGAGAUCAAGGCUGACAUCACUUUUGUAAUGGUAGCAGAUGGGAUAAUAGAAAUGAUUCUCUGAAACUGAUUCCAGUGGAGAUGGGAUCAGUUGGUUCAUAUUCAGGUAAAACUAAGUUCACAAUUUAAAAAAAAAAAAAAAAACAUGAUGAGGGGAUUUUCAUUGCUUGGAUUGGUAGAUGGCAGUGUUAUAAAAAUGAUUGUAAAAAAAAAAAAAGAAAAAAAAAGUUUUUUUAUCGUGCAAAAAAGAAAAGGAUUGUACUGCUGAGAUUUCCUUUCUUUACUUAAAUGGUUACUGAUAAUUGGUUGUCAAUAAACAUAGGCUUUUUUCCACGUUAACCUCUUUCUCAAAUAACAUCACUGGGAACAAGAGCAGAUGCUGCUCUUUGGUUUGUCUGUAUUGUUGACCUCUGCGGUUAUCUGUUGCUAAGGGAUGAGCAAAUCUCAACAUCUUUGUUGCCAAGCCAAAACAGAAUCAUGGCAUUGACAAUCUCAUACUGAAAAAAAAGUCAACAAGAGGCCAUUUGUUUUGAAAAAGAGAGUGAAUCAAACAGAGGGGUUAAAACAAAUCUUUUUGUAAAUUCUAAUAAUUUGUUGUCUUUUACAAGAUUAAGACGGAGGUUAUAGAUUAAGAUGUGGGGAAAAAAGGGGCUGAGAUCUGAAGCUACAGACCAGAGGUGAGGGUACAGUGUCUGCACGUUUAUGUAUACUUGCAUCUAAACCUUGCUUCUUUGAAGAUGUACAAGCAUCAAUUAAAAAAGUAUAAAAAAAAAAUUAAAGAUGACAGAAACAAUGACGUCAGUGUACCUUAAAAUCACUGUUUGAGUCAUGUAUGCGGCGAGUGUUGUCCAUGGUCUUUCUAGAUGUACCUUGUUGUAACCAUCGUAAUAAACAUGCGUUUGCUGGAUGUACAUAUGCGCAUGUCAAUGACUACUUUUGCUACACAUAAAGAAACAAUAAAGUCAACUAUUUUUAUUACAAAAAUG